AUGGGCUCCGGCGGCUCGCACGCGGCGCAGAUCCCCGACGCGGACAGCAUUCGGCAGGAGACGGGCUUCUCGCAGGCCACUCUGCUUCGCCUCUACCACCGGUUUCGGGCCCUGGACAGUAACAAGAAGGGCUACCUGAGCCGUGUGGACCUGCAGCAGAUCGGGGCGCUGGCUGUGAACCCCCUGGGAGAUCGCAUUAUAGACAGCUUCUUCCCUGAUGGGAGCCUGCGUGUGGACUUCCCAGACUUUGUCAGAGUCCUGGCUCAUUUCCGACCUGUAGAUGAUGAGGACACAGGAACCCGGGACCCCAGGGAACCUGAACCCCUAAACAGCAGAAUGAACAAACUUCGCUUUGCAUUUCAGCUCUAUGAUCUGGAUCGAGAUGGAAAGAUCUCCAGGCACGAGAUGCUGCAGGUACUCCGGCUGAUGGUUGGGGUACAGGUAACAGAAGAGCAGUUGGAGAGCAUCACUGACCGCACGGUGCAGGAGGCUGAUGAAGAUGGGGAUGGGGCUGUGUCCUUCCUGGAGUUCACCAAGUCCCUAGAGAAGAUGAACAUCGAGCAGAAGAUGAGCAUCCGCAUCCUGAAGUGACCUUGUCUGUGUGUCUGGCCAGCUUGGAAAGACCAGUUCUGUCUGGAGUUCGUUCUCAGCCCCCCACGGAGGGACGGGCUUCAAUAAACUAUAUUCUUCUACACGGGACUCUAUUUAGGGUCAAGGAGACAAAACUGGAUGGGUGUGUACCAAAGUCUAACUCAUUCGAUCUUAGAUCUGCAAAUCAGCCAACAAUCCCUUGGUUGCAAGUGACUGAAAUCCCAGGUCAAAGGGACUUCAGUUCAGAAGGGAUCUGAUGGGCUCCUGCAAAAGUCAACAAGUGUCUUCAGGCACAGCUGGAACCAAGAGCUCAGAUGAUGCUAUCUGGACUCACUUCUCCAUUUCUCAACCCAUGUUUCGUGUGUUGGCUUCAUUCUAGAAGGGUCUUUCCUCCCAGUGGAGGGUGGCCGCCGGCGCUCCCGGCUUCCUCAGUAAUCCCGUGAGAACAGGUUUUCUUUUUCAAUAAUUUCAAACAGUGUCAUUAGCUCAUUAAGGCCUUGUUCCUUCUUCAGGGGAAUGGAACGUUCUGAUUGGCUAGUUGCUAGAGCGAGGCAAUGGAUCCCGAGGACUCAGGAUGGGUAAGGGAUGAUUGCUUGAAGAACAACAAAGUGCUCUUUAUUUCCAGAAGAAGGGCGUGGCGCUGGUCAGA